GGCCGUGUUUGCAGGGAAAACACUUGCGACCACAAGCAAACCUGCCACUCCUCGGGUCCCUUCCCAGUGGCCCUGUGUACCAGGGAGCCUCAUAUAGCAGCCUCCACACCUGUCCACCUGGGGCAGACAGCUCGCCUGCUCACAGAGCCGCCCGAGACCACAGAUCCUGGGGCAGCGGCCAGGGCAGCCAUGGCUGGGGCGCUUGGGCUGGGCCUGCUGCUGGCGCUGCUGCCGGUGGUCAGCGCCUCCAUGCCAGGCACCGUGGUCAGACUCAACAAGGCGGCGCUGAGCUAUGUGUCUGAAAUCGGGAAAGGCCCUCUCCAGCGGGCUCUGCAGGUCACUGUCCCGUAUUUCCUGGACCGGAGUGGAGAGGUGCUUCAGCCCACCAGGAUCCAGAUUCUGAAUGUCCACGUGCCCCAAUUCCACCUGAAAUUCAUUGCUGAUUUUGGGAUUCGCUUGUCGGCAGCAGCCAAUUUUACUUUUAAGAUCUUUCGUGUCCCAGAGCCCCUGGAGCUGACGCUGGCUGUGGAACUGCUGGCUGAUGCCCGCGUGGCCCAGAGCUCCAUCGGGACCCCCGUGAUCAGCACCUCUUACUGCUUCCCACUCCUAGGCCGCUCCAGCGAUUUCGAUGACAGCAACAGCACCUCCCGAGCGCUGCUGGUGCCGGUGCAGGAGCACAUUAAAGCCGUCUUGAGUAACAAGCUGUGUCUGAGCGUCGCCAGCCUGGUGCAGGAACUCAACGUCCACCUGGGCACGUUAAUCGGCCUCAACCCCGUGGGUCCUGAGUCCCAGAUUCGCUACACCAUGAUCAGCGCGCCCACGAUCACUAGUGACUACAUUUCCUUGGAUAUCAGUGCUGUUCUCUUCCUGCUGGGCAAGCCCAUCGUCCUGCCCAGGGAUGCCACCCGCUUUGUGCUGCCGCAGCAUGUGCGCACUGAGGACACCAUGGCCACCGUGGGCCUCUCGCAGCACCUGUUCGACUCCGCCCUCCUGCUGCUGCAGAAAGCCGGCGCCCUCAACCUGGACAUCACAGGGCAACUGGGGUCAGAUGACAACCUGCUGAACACCUCCAUGCUGGGCCUGCUCAUCCCUGAGGUGGCCCGCCAGUUCCCCGAGCCCAUGCCCGUGGUGCUCAAGGUGCGGCUAGGUGCCACGCCUGUGGCCACGCUCCAUCCCAACAACGCCACACUGAGGUUGCAGCCCUUUGUGGAAGUCCUGGCCGUGGCCUCCAACUCGGCUUUCCAUUCCCUCUUCUCCCUGGAUGUGGUGGUAGACCUGAGCCUCCAGCUCUCUGUGUCCAGGGCGAAGCUCCAGGGGACCACGUCUGUGCUGGGGGACAUCCGGCUCAAGGUGGCCUCCUCCAAUGUGGGCGUCAUUGAUACGGAUCAAGUGCAUGCACUCACGGGCAGCGUGUUUGAGGAGCCCCUGCUGAAACACCUCAAUGCUCUCCUGGGCAUCGGAAUUGCCCUCCCCAGCGUGGUCAACCUCCACUAUGUCACCCCCGAGGUCUCUGUCUACGAGGGCUACGUCGUGAUAUCCAGUGGACUCUUCUACCUGCACUGAGACAGGAUGACUGCGAGGGCUGAGAGUGUGCCAGCUUGCUGCUCUGGGGACACUCUGACCUUACGCCAUGGGAGAAACUGAGGCAAAGCCACACUCAGCUAUCGCCAGCAAGCCAGACUGCCUAGCCAAGCUGUUUAAUCUUCGCUGAGUGCCUGGGUCCCCCUCUCUCACUUCCUCCCCAACUCUCCUCUUCCUCUUCCCUCACCUCUCUGCUCCUUCCUCUGUCCCCUCCUGGUGGGGAGCACACUGCUCCUCCAGGCUGUGUAGACCUCCCGUCUUGCAUUAAACAACUUCUUUUGAGCUGCAACUU